AGCUUUGCCUCAGGGUGCCCGGCCAGGAUGGCCCUCGGGGCUCCCGGCCUCCGCGGCGAUGGUGGCGGCGGGGGGCAUGCUUCCUGCGGUGGGGCUCGCGGCAGAGGAGAAGCCUCCACCGAGCCCUCGAGUGGGGGAAGCAGCAGAUGCUCGACGGCUGCUUCGAGGGCGCCGCGCGGUGCUUCACGGACGCCCUGCGGCUGAAGCCAGGGCUGCCAGACGCCCUGGCAUCGCGCGGCGUCUGCCUGCUGUCGCUCGGCCACACGGCCGAGGCGCGGGCCGACUUCGCCGAGGUGAUCGCGCAGGAUGAUGCCGGCUUCAACCGCAACAUUUACGUCCUGAUGGCCACGUGCUUCAAGCGCGACGGCGACUACCAGAGCGCCAUGCGGUACCUGAGCCGAUGCAUCGGGCACUUUGCCACCUUCGCGCCGGCGUUGCUGGCCCGGGGCGAGCUGUGCCUCCGGGCGCGGGACUUCGAGCGCGCGAGCCGCGACUUCCGGCGGGUGCUGCAGCAGGCGCCCGCGCACCUCGUGGCGCGCCGCGGCCUCGGCGACGCGCUCCGGGGCCUCGGGAACUUCGGCGAGGCGCUGGACCAGUACUCCUGGGCGGUGCGCGUCGCGCUGCGGGCCGUCCGCUGCGGCCGGGGCCAGGCCGCGCCGCCCCCCGCGGGGGAGCUGUGCCUCGGCAGCGCCGGCCCGGCCUCGGCAGAGGCGCCCGAGGGGGCGCGGCCGGGGAGCGCGGCCGACGAGUCGGCAGCGCUCUGGCUGGGCGGCAGCUCGGCCACGACGCUCCACCUGCGGGGCGAUGCCGACGAGGAGGCCGAGGACGCGGGCAGCAUCGUCGUCUACUCCGACGACGGCGGCGAGAGUCGUCCAGACGCAGAGCUCGUGCGCGAGGUCGCCUCGGUGGCCACGGGCGAGGAUGGUAGCUGCGAGAGCUCCGCCGCCUUGCUCCCGGAGGCCGACCUCCGCCUCGCGGUCGAGCCCUUCGCCAGCCCAGAGCAGGUGCGCGCCUUCGCGGCGGACGCGCUCCUGCGGCGGGCGCUGCUGCGGCGGCUGGCUGGCGACCGCGCUGGCGCGGGCUCCGACCUGACGGAGCUCAUCAGGAUGGAGCCUUGCAACGGCCUCGCGUACUUCUGGCGGGGCCUCGUGCUGCUCGAGGAGCGGAGGCACUCGGAGGCCCACAGUUUUUUGGAGGCGUCCAUCCUGCACCACGAGGAGACGCGCGCGCCGGCGCACGCGCUGCUUGGCGCGCUGGCCAUGGUGGCGCAGCGGCCGCAGUGGCAGGCCGGCCUCGGGCACCUGCAGGAGGCGACGCGGCUGCAGCCCUCGUCGCAACCCGCGAGGGCCACGCUGUGCAUCUGCAGGGCCGCGGCACUGCUCCGCGGGCCGCCGCCCUGCGAUGCCGCUGGGGCGCUGGCGCUGCUGGACCGCGCCCUGGCGCUCUCCGGACCGCCCACGCUCGGCAGCGCGAGGGCGGCGCUGGCCGCGCCGACGCCUCGCUGCGGGCAGCACGCCGCAGGCAGCGGCGGUGCAGCGGCAGCGUCGCUGGCACGCGCUGGGGCCCAGAGCCCGGAGGAGGCCUGCGCGGCGGCCGCCCGAGCGGUCGCUCGGCGGAGGGACGAGCUUGCCCGCGGCGACGACCUGCAGGGGGCGCUCGAGUGCCGGACUUUCUUGGAUCUGGUGGCGCAGGGCCCGCAGCUCCAGUCGGCGCUGGAGGCACCGCCGCUGCUGCGGGCGCUGCGCGCCGAGGCGCUGGUCGAGCUGGCCCGCUGGGAGGAGGCGCUGUCGGACUGCCGCAAGGUGCUCGCCGCCGACCCGCACGAGCAGGCCACCAAGGUGUUGAUGCACAUGGCGGGCGGCGCUAUGCGCUCCAGGGCGGAUCAGUUCGAUGCCGCGGUCGUUUGUUUCACGAAGGCACUGCGGCUGCGGCCAGACUAUGUGCAGGCCAGGCUGCAGAGGGCCGCGGCGCUGGCGUGCGCCGCGCGGGCGCGAGGCUGCAGUGCCGAAGGGCCCCGCAGCAGCGCGGCCAAGGACGCGUCGGGCGCCGGGCAGCUGCGCGACGCCGUGCAGGACUUGCAGGCCGUCGAGGAGCUACAGGGCCCGUCGGGCACGCCAGCGUCGGCCCAGCUGCUGCGCGCGGUCUGCCUGACUUGCGUCGGGAGUCCAGACGAGGCCUGUGGGCUGCUGGAGGCGAGCGGAGAGCGCGGCAGCCCGCAGUGCCUCGUGCUCCAGGCGCGGGCGCUGUUCUGCGCUGGGCGGCAGGCCGAGGCCAUCGAGAAGUGCGGCCUGGCCAUCCGAGUGGGUUCGCCAGAACAGUGGCAGGCCAGGCUGCUUCGAGCCUGGGCCAUGUCUGGUCGCGGGGAGUUCGACCGCGCCCUCGAGGAAGUCCGCGCGGCAAUUGCGUUGGAGCCAGACCGCAACGACGUGCACGAGGCGGGAGGCGACAUGCUCAUGAGGCGCAGCUGCUUGGCGGAGGCCGCGGCCACCUUCGGCGCCGCAGAGAGGCUUCACGGGGCGCCCGCCGCCCGGCUUGCCUACAAGGGCGCGCUCUGCGCCGUGGGGCUGGGCCGUGUGGGGCCCGCGCUGCGUGGACUCACGCGCGCGCUGCGGCUGAGCCCCGGCACGCAGGUGCUAGUCCAGGCGCGGGACGGCGUGCUUGGCCUCGAGGCGCUGGUGAAUGGCAGCUACAGCCACGCCCGCAUUCGUUUCACCUCGUUGCUGAAUACCACCGAUUGCGCGCCCAACGCAGCGGGGCGCGGCGCCACCGUGGAGGGCCUCACGGUUCCCUCACUGUUCCGCCCCCACGAGCUGCUUCUGUUCCGGGGCGCCUGCUGGCUCUACGAGGGCGAUGCCGAGGCUGCAGAGGGCGACUUUGUUGCGGCGCUGCAGCUGGCGCGCGAGCUUGCAGAGCAGGAUGCGGCGGGCACUGGCCACGCCACCGAGGAGCUGCCGCGGCUCGAGCGCGAGGCGGCCUACAACCUCGCUCUCUGCCGCCUGCUGGCUGGCGACUUCCACGGCGCCCUUGGCUACUCGCAGGCCCUCCUUGAACUCCGCGUGCCGCCGUCCGCUGCCUGCCUCGCCUGGUUCCUAGCCGGCGCCUGUCAUCUGCUAAUCAGCGGGGGCGACGAGGAGGCCGCGCGGGACGCGUUUGCCCGCUCCUACCAGCACGGCCCCAUCUACGUAGACGACUUCUUGCGCCGCCACGGGCGGGCCGACGACCCUGCCGCUGUGAUGCGCGCUGGCGUGGGCCCCGUGGCCACGUGGCCGCCACUGCCGCGCGCCGCCGGCACCGACAGGAAGGCACGACUGCUCCGCCCCGUGCGGGAGUCCGCCCGCCGCCGGCGGCCGCCGGCCGUGCAGGCUGUGCAGGCCGGGCAGGACGGCCAGGUGUGCGACGCCGCGCCGGAGGCGGUGUGCUGCCUGCGGCGCGAGGGGCCGGCCCUGGGCGAGGGCCUGCCGCCCUGCCGCGUGCAGGCGCAGGGCGUCGUCCUGUGGUGCCGCCCGAGCGUGCCGUGGCCCCGCGCGGCGGCCGCGGAGCGGGCGCCGCUGGAGGCCCUGCAGCAGUGGGGCCUGGACGCGGCGUGGCAGCUCGGCGACGAGCUGCGCCAGGCGGGCCUCGCCUCGGGCGGCCGCCCCUGAGGUGGCUCUUGCCGGCCUUACACCGUGGAGCCGCUCAGCCAGGCCGCUGCGGCGUGAGCGCUAUUGGCGCCCAUCGCCACUCGCCUCCCUUUCUCCUCCUCUCCCGCACCCGGCUCUGCCAAGUCCCCGCUGUGCGCUGCUGUGUAAUUUAGGUCGCCUGCGUGCGCAGGCUCUCCGCAGACCGCUCCCGUCGCCGGGCCGCGCGCGAACAUCGCGCGCGGAGCCUGCCGCCAUCGACAGCAAAAUGAGCGCUGUGCGGCCCCAGUGAA